GAAGUACUGGUGGGCCCUGCUCUUGGAGGGAGACCCACAGACUUCACGAGUUCAAAGCCUUCAAACUGAAACUUCUUUCUUCUCUCUCUGCCCCAACUCACGACAACUCCCUUCCAGUCUCCAUCUCAGCGGCCGCCACCACCACCAACCCAGUUGCCCAGAUCAGACAUUUAGGUGGUAGCUGUUAUUUCUCUUUCCUUCUCUGUUCUACAGGUCAUAAAGUCCAAUGCAUUCCGCCCAGUCCCACCUCUCCCUUGCGGUUUCUCUCUGCACUCAUGGCCAGCGCCCUGCUCCUGGACAUGUCCUCUCCUGUCUGGGUUCCCACAGCAGCCCCAGAGAGCAGACUCUGGGGACCUUCCUGAUGACGUGGCUAAGCUUAAGAUGGGUCCCAUUACAGCUUCUCGGCAACCCUCUUUACUUGGCUCAUGAGGUCUUAUUUCUGCAUCUUAAUGCCUCUCUAAAUAUCACCGUCUUGUCACUGUCUCUUUGAACGUGACUUUACCUGCCUUGUUUCCUCUCCCACGUGUUUUUCAUCCUGGGGGGCUUAGCUUACCUCCUUGGAGCAGCGGGGACCCCUGCCAGCUCCUCCCCCACACUAAACUCCGUCUCCCUUUAAGGUCUUGUCACCUGGUCAAGUCUGUCGCCAGGGGUGGCCUGGGCCAGCGGCUUCUCGCCCUCUCAUCUUCCCCUUGGAGCUCCAGCCACCUCGCCCCAGGUCUCUUCAACCUCCUGGAAGAUUCCCGCCCUUUCUGCCCCUCGCCACGCUUCCUCUGUCCUCUCGGGGGGUGCCUCCCUGAGCUCCGCGCCGGCUCGGACGCCAGGCUUGGGCCACAAUGGGCGUUUCCUUCUAGACAGUCCGGGACCCUCUGUUCAGCUGUGUCACCCUCUGCGGGGCGCCCCUGCCCACUUUCGGAACGUGCGCGCCGAGGGGGCCAGACGCCGGACCGCGCGCCCUGGCAGCUGCACAGAGAGAGUGGAGGGACGAAUGAAUGAAGAAGCGCCUGCCGAGGCCGGUCGCACUGGCCGGAGCCCGCCACCUCCCCGGCACCUCGGGGCGCUGUCCCAGCGCGGCGCCGGAAGCGGCCGGGCGGCCCCCUCCCCACGGCGCCCGCAGCCUUAUCUCUGCGUCUUUGGGCCCCAGGAGGAGACGCGGGCGCUCCCGGCGGGACGCAGCGGCAUGGGCCCCCGGCCCCGGGGCACGGGCUGCCCGCCUCGCCGCCUGCUGCCGCUCCUGCUGCUGCUCGCGCUGGCCCGGGGUGCGACUGGAGCGCAGGGGGCGGACGGUUUAGACAUCUGUGCCACUUGCCAUGAACAUGCCACCUGCAAGCAGCGGGAAGGGAAGAAGAUGUGCAUUUGCAACUAUGGAUUUGUGGGCAACGGGAGGACUCAGUGUAUCGAUAAAAACGAGUGCCAGCUGGGCGCCGCGGUGGUCUGCGGGAACCACACGUCUUGCCACAACACGCACGGAGGCUUUUACUGCAUUUGCCUCGAAGGAUAUCGAGCCACAAACAACAACAAGACCUUCAUCCCCAACGAUGGCACCUUUUGCGCAGACAUAGAUGAGUGUGAGGUUUCCGGCCUGUGUAGGCAAGGAGGACGGUGUGUGAACACUCACGGGAGCUUUGAAUGCUACUGUAUGGAUGGAUACUUGCCAAAGAGUGGGCCCGAGCCCUUCCACCCGACCAGAGAUGCCACAGCAUGCACAGAAAUAGACUGUGGCACCCCUCCCGAGGUCCCAGAUGCCUAUAUUGUAGGCAAUUAUACUUCCACGCUUGGCAGCCAGGUUCGUUACACUUGCAGAGAAGGAUUUUUCAGUGGCCCGGAAAAUACAGUUUCAAGCUGCACAGCCUUGGGCACGUGGGAGUCCCCCAGAGUAAACUGCCAAGAAAUAAUUACAGAAAUUAAUGCUCUGUCAGUGUUUAAUAACACCUGUGUGAGGUGGCAAAUAAACCCAGGAAGAACAAACUCCACGACUGUGUAUGUGAUACACAUAGUAGGACACCAGGUGGACCCUGUGGAAUCCGUUCACGAGGAGACAGUCAACCUGACCACACACAGCGGGAGCCCAGAAGUGUGCCUCGAUCUGUAUCAAGGCACCAACUACACCGUGAGCAUUUCCACCGCCCCUCCCAGACGCUCUGUGCCAGCCCGCAUUGGGUUCCGGACAGCAGGUAGCAGAGACUCCGCGGGAGAAACAGACUUAAAAGAAGAUGAUCUCUUAGAAGACGAUGGAAUGUUCAAUAUCUCAAUAUUUAAUGAAGCUUGCUUAAAAUUGAACAGGCAUUCUAGGAAAGUUGGAUCAGACCAAAUAUACCAAUUUAAAAUUGUGGGCCGAAGAAGGUACCUGAGUGAUUUUUAUCACGCAGUAUCAUUUAACUUCACAACGGGGGAACGAGCUUCGGUCGUGUGUUUAGACCUGUACCCAGCCACCGAUUACACGGUGAACAUCACCCUGUGGGGAUCUCCCGAGCCGCACUCAGUGCAGGUGAUGACUUCAACCGCACCAGCAGCGAAACAGACCAUCAGUAACAUUUCAGUAUUUAAUGAGACCUGCUUGCGAUGGAGAAAUAUGAAGAUAGCUGGUACAGAGGAAAUGUAUUUACUCCACAUUCAGGGCCAGAGGUGGUAUCAGAAGGAAUUUGCCCACGAAAUCACCUUUAAUGUCACUACCAGGAGCCAGGCUCCGGAGAUGUGCUUGGACCUGCGUCCGGGUACCAACUACAGCGUCAGCAUCCAGGCGUUGUCUUCUGCACGUCCCGUGGUCAUCUCUCUGACAACCCAGAUAACAGAGCCUCCCCUUCCGGAAGUUGAUUUUUUCACUGUACAUGGAGGGCCCCUCCCACGCCUGAAAUUGAGGAAGGCCAAGGAGAGCAAUGGGCCUAUCAGUUCCUAUCAGGUGUUAGUGGUUCCCCUGGCUCUCCAAAGCACGUUUUCCUGUGAUUCUGAAGGGGCUGCCUCGUUCUUUAGCAAUGCUUCUGAUGCCAAUGGAUACGUGGCUGCAGAACUACUGGCCGGAGCUGUUCCAAAGGAGACCAUGGAGAUAUCUGUUGGAGACAGGCUGUAUUAUGGGAAAUAUUAUAAUGCACCCUUGAAAAAAGGGAAUGAUUAUUGCAUUAUAUUACGAAUCAUAAGCGAAUGGAACAAGGUGAGAAGAUGCUCCUGUGCAGUUUGGGCUCAGGUGAAAGAUUCGUCGCUCACGCUGCAGCAGAUGGCAGGCGUUGGGCUGGGCUCCAUGGCCGUUGUGAUUGUCCUCGCAUUCCUGUCCUUCUUAGCAGUGUGAUUGCAAAAGGGUGCUACGUGUGGCAGAUGCACUGCUGUCGGGGCAGAUGUUAUGACAGCUUCUCAGGUGCCUGCACACAGCACCUUCUACCCAGGUGUGUGGCGGGGCCUGCAGACUUUCCUCGUUCCCCGCUUGGCUCCAUUCCUGGAUUCAAGAUGGGGCUGUCUCUGUGGAGCCCCCAAAAGGAGGAAACUCAGGAAUUGCUGACGUCUUCCCUGCUACACGACCAGUCCUGUGCCUAUGAACUUGAGACCCUUGAUAUACAAUGGAAUAUUGACCAUGGGCUACUGAUCACAUGGGCUGGGCCUGCAUCGUCUUCUGAGUGAUGCCUGAGAGACAGCUAGCUCCUCUGGAUGUUGAAUGCAAGAGGGUCUCUGAGUCUUAUUUUGUAGCAUCUCUAUUAAAUAAUUCAGAAUCUAUUCUCUUACAAUAAGCAAUGAGAUAGACUUAAGUUUAGGUUCAAAUUUGACUUUAUGAAGGAGGGCAUUGGCAUGGGCAAACUUGUCAAACACUUUAGAAGCAGCCCUUUUUCUAAAAUUAAUUGACAGUUAGUUAGAAAAUAUACCAGCCUGACCACUUUAGUAAGUUCCCCGCCAUGUCUGUUUGGUACAGUUCCACUAGUCUAAAGUAUUCAAGAGCUGUAAAUGAUCAUCCCAGUAAAAAUUGUCUGUGAAUUUAGACAAUUCUUCUCUGGCACAUGAAUAUUUAUAAUAGCCUUCGUUAAUUUUUUUAUUAACGAGGGUCUCAUAAAAACACCCUGUGCCUCCCACUAGAUUCAGUGGCCAUGUGGUAACAGCAGGCUGAAACCAUCUCGAGCCCAUAGUAGAGCCCGAGUGUUUACAGGGACAGGGGAACAAUGUGGGUGACAAGAUCAGUCCUUUCAUCUGCAACCUCGGUAACCAUGACCUCGCUCUCUCAUGAGCCCUGACCCAUUAGGUGUCAGCUGUCCUGGGCUGCCUGUCACCGUGUUGAAUUUGCAGAUGCAGUGUAGUAGCUUUGACUUUUAAAACCCGAAUGAGUAUUCUUGAACUUGCCUUCCUACCCCAUGGUGUAACUGCCAGGCUCAGUAGGAAAUGAAAAAGAAAGGCAGAGGCUUGUGAUUUCUCUAAGUACAGUUUCUCCUCCUCCCGCCCUUCCUAGGCCUGGAGAAGAAAAAGCACGGGUGAGGCGACAGGAGCACAGUCGUAUUGUACAACUUGCGGGCGCACAUAUAAGAACGUGGUCCCGGGAUCGGGCAGUGUUGCGGUCCUGAGAAACAGGGACAGCCUUUCUACCUCGGUGGGCGGGGCAUUGGUGAGGGGCAGAUGUGGGGACCCCGGGCUCGGAAGCAGAGGAGGAGACAGUGGGGACAGGCGGAAACUGUCCGUGUAGUUGCUCCACACUGGGGGUUUCAGCCCAAAGCACAGCAUUCAGUUGGGGAGAGUCAGAGAGGUGGAAGUAAUACCCUGCCCCCUUGGGGGCUCAAUGCCAGCCGUCAGGCCCUGGCCCCCGCCAGUAUUAGGAAUAAUUGUCUUUUGUCCUCUGCAGUACACUACCUCAGACUACAACUUAGAAUCCGCAUUAGAACCAUUCUUGCUCUCAUCUCAAGUGAAUUAUAGAGUAGAUAGAGCUCGCAACUGACUAAUGCAAAUAGCUUUCUACCUUUCAUUUCUAUGUGCAGCAAUUCAAACUCAUGCUAUUUUCACAGCUCAAAUUAAAUUUGGACUCAUUCCUCAUUAUUGUAAUAGUACAGGGUCGGAUCUCUUGAUGAGUAAGGGUUUUCCUCAAAGCCUCCUCGAUCCCAAGAGAGAACCUAAGCCUUCUCCUCUCCUCCUCCUGCUAUUCCUCCUCCUUUUUUUUUUUUUUUUUUACCAGUUCAUAAACACCAUAUGCUUCCAUAGCCAUGCCCUCCCUAAUUUGCAGCUCUGGGAUUAACUGCCAAAUAAGCUACAGUUGUCCACAUGGAAACUUAGCAUAAUUGUCAUUGAAAAAAAAAAAAAAGAAAGAAAUCCCACUUGCUUAGCAUCAAAAAUUUCUAGUUAAAAAUAACUUGACUAUUAAGUAAAAUGUACUUUUGGAUGCAGUGUAGAAAUUCAAAAACAGUUCAUGCCAAAGAAGUAAAAUAGAAGAAACAUGGUCUUUGUCACUUCUUCUGAAUGUUUCAAAUGAUAACACAGAGUCACUCAGCGUUAACCCUUAACAGAAGCAGGGGCUGAGCAUUUACGCAAAGGAUGUGCUAUUUUUCUGCCGUUCUGUCCUAAUAGUUUUCUCGUAAAUAGGAAGGCAGCUUUAAUUUUCCUAAAUUCACCUGGUAGCUUUACCACCACACUGCUUCGUUUCUUUCCAAGUGGAUUCCUGGCGAAGUGGGGAGGGCGUCGCAGGGGACUAACCGUGGUCUUCCUGGGAGCACAUGGGUCUUUCUGUCACUGUCAGAGGACAGGUCAGGCUGUGCCCGGAGGUGGGCAGUGAGUGCCACUAACUAAAGCUGGGUCCUGAGGCGGGGACGGAGGCAGCUGCCUUGGGGACAGUGUGUAGACGUGAGGACUAAGAUCCAGUCUCAGCUCCCUUCUCGACGGGGAACCAAAACUGGGGGGUUGCCCAGUUAUGGAGCAGACGGUUCCCUGGCUGAUGGUGGGUGUGAUCGUGUGUGUGCAUGGUUUUUACUUCUCUCCACCGUCGUGUUUGUUUGUGCACGUUUUUUCAUUUCGUUCUCACAGUAGUUCUGUGGGGCGUAGUGGGAACGACAGAGUGACUGCGUCCCCACUUUAGAAUGGAGAAAGGGAUUCAGACAGAUGCGUGCCUUGAAUCGUGGGGCUAGGACUUCUAACUGCAAGUCUAGUUCCCAUUCCCGGGGUUCGAUAGGCCUUGAGCUGAUGUUUACACAGCCCUUUGGUUCUUGGGAGUGUCAGGCCUUUACAUAUCCUUCCUAUCUGUCUGCCUGUCUGUCUGUCUAUUUAUCUAUCUAUAUGAACUAGUGCCUUUACUAUAGUAUAGCACAUGCCAUUUUAUACCUGUCUUUUCACUAUAAAGUACUUCCCCCCAUCACAAACCACCAAAUAGUGGAUGGAGGUUAAUUAGGGGAAAUAGGUCACAGUCCCCCUCUGACUCAAGACCUGAACUUGCAGGUGAAUACUUAAGACCAGAGCCGAAGUAAUGACCUUGAAAUUGCAUAUUAACUUUGAAUAAAGUUAAUUUUAAAGAAAAUAAAUAAAAAUAUAAGAAUCCAAAGUGCUCCUUUUUUAUUGCUAAACCUCUUUCUAAACCUCCUUCUGUGUUUUUAUUCUAUAGAGUCCAGUAAAAGCAAUGCCUGGUUGAGUGUUGGUGUGAUCAUUUUUAGGUUUUGUUUGAACAUUUCGCCUAAAAUGUCAUAGGGUGUGCUUAAGUGCGAUGUUGUUGUGUUACAGAAUUACAUGCUUAUGAUUUUGUAAUAAAAGGUUUUAUAAUAAAAAGGCAUUAUUUGUGCCAGAUCCUGUAUUUGUCUAAGAAAAACCCAGCAGAAGUGGGAGAGGAACAAGGGUGUGGCUUUU